GCGGGGGCUAAAAAAAAAAAGACGAAAGAAGACGCAAAGGCGGGGGUUUAAAUUAAGGAAUAAUAAUCGGCAGCGGCGGCGGCGGAGGGAAGGAUGGGUGUACCGGCGUUUUACCGGUGGUUGGCGGAGAAAUAUCCGAUGGUAGUGGUGGAUGUAAUAGAAGAAGAGGCAGUUGAAAUAGAAGGCGUGAGAAUACCCGUUGAUACAUCCAAACCAAACCCUAAUCAAAUUGAAUACGAUAAUCUUUAUCUUGAUAUGAAUGGUAUCAUUCAUCCUUGUUUUCACCCUGAAGACCGGCCUUCUCCAACCUCUUUUAAUGAGGUCUUUCAAUGUAUGUUUGACUACAUAGAUCGCCUUUUUGUCAUGGUGCGACCACGAAAACUACUCUAUAUGGCAAUUGAUGGUGUUGCCCCAAGGGCAAAAAUGAACCAGCAGCGAUCUAGGCGGUUUAGAGCAGCCAAAGAUGCAGCAGAUGCGGCAGCUGAGGAGGAGAGGUUGAGGGAGGAGUUUGAGAGGGAAGGCAGAAAGCUUCCUCCUAAACAAGAGUCUCAAACCUUUGACUCUAACGUCAUCACCCCAGGGACUGAAUUUAUGGCAGUUCUCUCAGUUGCUCUGCAAUACUAUGUUCAUCAAAGAUUAAACAAUGAUCCUGGAUGGAAACCUAUUAAGGUUAUCCUCUCUGAUGCUAAUGUACCUGGUGAAGGGGAACAUAAGAUUAUGUCCUACAUUCGUCUUCAAAGGAAUCUUCCUGGUUUUGAUCCAAAUACCAGGCAUUGCUUGUAUGGUUUGGAUGCAGAUCUGAUCAUGUUGGCUUUGGCCACCCAUGAAGUUCAUUUUUCAAUACUUAGAGAGGUGGUAUUUACACCUGGACAACAAGACAAGUGUUUUAUAUGUGGCCAAAUAGGUCAUUUAGCAGCGGCUUGUGAAGGAAAGGCAAAGAGGAAGGCAGGUGAAUUUGAUGAAAAAGGAGAAGCAGAUGCCGUGCCUAAGAAGCCUUACCAGUUUCUUAACAUUUGGACACUUAGGGAGUAUUUGGAAUAUGAAAUGAGAAUUCCUAAUCCUCCCUCCAAGAUCGAUUUCGAGCGAAUAGUUGAUGACUUUAUCUUCAUAUGUUUCUUUGUUGGGAACGACUUUUUACCACAUAUGCCCACUUUGGAAAUUCGUGAGGGUGCUAUAAAUUUACUUUUAGCCGUUUAUAAAAAGGAGUUUAGGUCCCUAAAUGGGUAUCUAACUAAUGGAAGCAAGCCAGACCUUAGUAAAGUGGAGCAGUUCAUUCAGGCCGUGGGAACCUAUGAAGAUAAAAUUUUCCAGAAAAGAUCUCGCUUGCAUCAGAGACAAGCUGAAAGGAUAAAACGUGACAAAACUCAAGCAAAAUCGCAAACAAUAAGAGGAGAUGAUGCGGGACCACAAAUGGAACCUGAAUCAUUAGUUGCAGUUGGGCGGUUUCAGGGUUCACGUCUUGCUUCUGGUCAUACACCUUCACCAUUUCAAGCCAAGGGAGCCAAUGGUGACUCAAGCCGACCAAAAAAACUUGCACGUGUCUCUUCUGGGUCAACUGUUGGUGCAGCCAUCGUUGAAGCUGAGAGCAAUCUUGAAAGAGAUAAUGCACUUGACAACAAAGAAGAACUGAAGACAAAACUGAAGGGGAUACUUCGUGAGAAAUCUGAUGCUUUUAAUUCUGAUGAGCCAGAUGAGGAUAAGAUAAAAUUGGGAGUGCCAGGGUGGAAAGAGAGGUAUUAUGAAGAGAAGUUCUGUGCUAAAACUCCCGAAGAGCUUGAGGAAAUACGUAGAGACGUUGUUCUGAGAUACACUGAAGGCUUAUGUUGGGUGAUGCAUUAUUACUAUGAAGGUGUUUGUUCAUGGCAGUGGUUCUAUCCAUAUCAUUAUGCACCAUUUGCUUCUGAUCUUAAGGAUCUUGGAGAACUAGAUAUCACGUUUGAACUAGGUUCACCAUUUAAACCAUUUAAUCAGCUUAUGGGCGUGUUUCCUGCUGCAAGCUCUCAUGCUCUUCCUGAGCAUUAUAGGAAAUUGAUGAUGGAUCCAAGUUCACCUAUUAUCGAUUUUUAUCCAACAGAUUUUGAAGUUGACAUGAAUGGCAAGCGUUUUGCAUGGCAGGGAAUAGCAAAAUUGCCUUUCAUAGACGAAGAUCGUCUUCUUGCAGAAGUGAAAAAAGUAGAACAUACUUUAACGGAGGAAGAGGCUCGAAGAAAUAGCACAAUGUUUGAUUUUCUUUUUGUGGCAUUAUCACACACGUUGUCUCCAUACAUAUUUUCUUUGAAUGACCGUUGCAAGCAGUUGUCGGCCAAAGAGCGAGUGGAAGUCAAAGAACAAAUUGAUCCGCUGGCAAGUGGUGGGAUGAAUGGCUAUAUAUCCCUUUGUGCUGGAGAUCCAUGCCCUCCAAUAUUCAGCUCACCUGUUGAGGGAAUGGAUGAUAUCAUGGACAAUCAAGUCAUAUGUGCUAUAUACCGACUUCCAGAAUAUCAUAAUCAUAUAUCUAGGCCGCCUGCAGGGGUCAAGCUUCCAAAAAAGACUGUAACCAUUGAUGAUUUGCAACCUGAGCCUACCUUAUGGCAUGAAGAUACCGGAAGGAAGCCCUGGGAGAAUGGAAGGAAUGGGCACAACAGGCAUCAUACCAAUAACUCCCAUGGAUCCACUUCUGACCGUCAGCUUGGAGAUGCUGCACAUAGACUUGUCACUAAUAGCUUACAAGUGAGGCCAGAUAGAAAUAAUGGUCAUUAUCAAUCAUAUGACCCACACCCACGUACUCCUUAUCCACCUUACCAAAGUAAUAGACCCUAUAAUCAGGACCCGAGUCGGAUGAUGCAGCCUAGAUCAGGUUAUCCUCCACGUAAUUAUGAUCCGAAUUAUGUUCAACCGUAUGCUUCAACUACCCAUUACAGUAGGCCCAAUCCUCAGACGCAGGCAUACCAGCACAGUCAACAUGGAUACCCUCCACGUGGACCCCAUCAAAGUCUACAUUUGCCUGCUAGCGGUCAUUAUUAUCCACCACAGCAGGUUGGUGGUUAUAGUGACCGUGAUAGCUAUGCAUACAACACUGCAGUUGCCAAUCAUCAGGCAGGAUGGGCCCCACGGGGGAAUCAGGGUGGUGGCGGUGGCAGAGGCCACCACCGCCCUCAACACAGUGGAGGCAAUCAAUUUUCAGCAUUAAAUAGAGAUGGAGCAAGUAGACGGCCUCAUCGCCGCUAGAGAAUAUGUUAAACUUUGAGCCUUUAUUUGUAAUUCAUACAGAUGUUGUAUCAUAGUCUGUUAGUCCUUUCACUAUAUGAAAUUAUAGGCGCUCAUUAAAGAUUUACAUAUAGGUCAGGUCCAGAAGAUGAUUGGAUCUUUAUUGUAUUGUAAACUUUGAUUUAUUUAUCUUAGGGAGCAAUAAAACAUAGAAAAUCUGCAUUUCUAGGCC